AUGUCGACAGUCACAACGCCAAAGAGGCGCCUGGAGCAGCUCAGCGGCCAGAUUGCCCAACCUCCAAUCAUCGAUGAAGGGACAUACAAAGGAAUGCCCCGGGUUGCCCGGAGGGCUGGAGAUUCAGUAGGACAACGCACUCAGGGUAAAGUGGUCAUUAUCACGGGAUGCAACUCGCCCCUGGGUAUGGGCCGAGCAACGGCGCACCAGUUUGCCAGGAAUGGUGCUCGGGCAGUCUACAUCUGUGACUACAUGGACGACUACCUGAACCUGCACGUGGAGGAGAUGAAUGAACUCUACCCCAAGGUCGCCGUCCAUGCGCGAAAGUUUGACGCAGGAGACGAGGCCGGGGUCAAGGCCGUUGUGGCCCAUGCUCUCGAGACGUACGGACGACUCGACGUGUUCUUUGCCAACGCCGCAAACUCGGGCACCUGGAAGGAAGUGUGGGACAUUGAGGUCGAGGAAUUUGAGCGGACAAUCAGGACGAACUUGACCAGUGUCUUCCUGGCCAUAAAACAUGCCGGCCCUGCAAUGCAGGUGACCAGCAAAGACAAGCCCUACUCGAGUGGUUCGAUCAUCGCCACCUCUUCAACAGCCGGUCUCCGCUCGAACGGCGGCAGCACAGAUUACAGCGCCGCGAAGAGCGCGGUGGUGAAUCUCGUGCAGACGGCCUGUUUCCAAUACGCGGGACGCAAUAUCAGAUGCAACGCCAUCGCGCCGGGCAUGACGCACUCUGGCAUGACGGAGCCGGUCUUCUACGGUCCAGCCCGAGAGAGAGGCACGCUUCACAAGGUUGGGCAGCUGUGUCCUCUUCGACGAGGUGCCGUGGCCGACGAGAUUGCGAGGGUCGCGCUAUUCCUGGGCUCGGAUGAAGCCAGCUAUGUCAAUGGCCAGGUAUGGGCCGUGGACGGUGGGUUGAGCUCUGGCCUGCCCUACAAGUUGGGCAGUAUGGCAUAA